CCAGUUCGAAACUCCAUGACCUUUGACCUCAUCCAGCAAGCACAAGCUUCUCUACACUCGUACUUUACUGUACGGCUAAAAGCUUUCCUCUUGUCCGUAAACAAUAUGGAGCCUGUUGAGAUGGUGCCUGCCGACACCACGUCUGACCACACCCCCUACCUAUCACAUCCUGACAGCCUCACACGCUCACACAACAACGAGCCGCCCACUAAAAGACCUAAACUUGAUCACAACCCACCACCGGCAAAGCAACGUCCAAUCGGAAUAGCCCAACCAUUCCGUCAGUUGCCUGUAGAGGUGGUAAAGUUGCCACGACUACAGGGAAUCAAGGAAACACGAGAACUCUCGGACAGUGAAGAGUCACAGGAUGAUAACCGGUUUGACAGGUUUGCCAACGAGAGUGAUAGUGGGCGUAUUGUGGAGGAGGUAGAGCCACACAAGACCUCAGUGCAAGAUACGACUGGGCUCCCGGGUGGACGGAAGUGGGUGGUGUUUGUCUCCCAUAGCACCUCGGAUCAGCUCUGGGUGAGAGGGAAUAUAGUCGUUCCUCUCAGGGAACUAAAGAUACCAGUUGCUGCUAGCUACCACUUUAUGCCUGAUGCUAGCCGCUAUGAUGACAAGGCUAUACAAGGAGCCAUGGCUGAUAGCUGUAUGGUGGUCAUAGCACUCAGUCCUGGCUACCUCAGCAGUGGAAGGUGUCAUAAUGAGUCAGUAACGGCAGUGAAACUCCGCCCAUCUCUGGAGGUGGUGGUGGCCGCUAUGAGGAGCUGCAAUCGUCCAGACACACUCAAACACUUUCUAUAUCUGGACUUUAUUGACCCAACUAAAAGGGAUAUUGUCUGGGACAAACUUAUGGAAACUAUUGAUUAUUGUAUGACUCCGAGAAGCAGCAAAGAAGAAGAGGACGUCCAGCACAGGGUCACAAGUCACACUCACGACCGGCACACUCACACAGACCACACCCACCGCCCUCACACUGUCACUUACUCCACGCUAUCAGAGGAUCAACACGUUCGAAUGGUCAAUGAUUUUGAACUCAUGUAUGAGGAGAAACAAUUGGAGCAAUCGAUUGAAGGGACGUCCUCGUUAGGGGGCGUGUCUGAUCACAUGACACAAAGCCACAGCAGUGAGGAUACAUGUGAUCAUAUAGCUGACGACACAAGACAUGCUGAUGAGGAAGUUGUCACUAAUAAUAGCAGCGUACACUCUACAGAAGAAUUAAUGACAGAUGUUAAAGGUAAACUCGCGGACGUAGAGGAAGGAGAAGUUGCUGACUCAGGAGAUGAAACAACAUCGAGACAAAAUAACAACGACCAGGCUACCAAGGUGACCAGCUUCUAUAACCAGCUGGCCCGGCCGGAUGCAGACAGACGACAAGAGAGUCCAAUAUUCUUCAUGCGUAACUUCAACAACUGGGUAAAGAGUGUUCUCAUACGCGGGUACGUCCACCGUGAGGCUAUAGUGUUGGACCUGUGCUGUGGCAAGGGAGGGGACCUACUCAAGUGGAAGGAGGGACGCAUCGGCUACCUCAUCUGUGCAGAUAUCUCCGAUGUGUCAGUGGAGGCAGCAAAGAGUCGCUACACAUCUAACAAGAUGAUGGUGAGAGGGCGGCCUCCAUUCGAGGCAGAGUUCAUCUGUGCCGAUUGUUGUCAGGUUCGACUGCGUGAGCGUUACCUGAACCCUGGACGAAGGUUCAAUAUCACCAGCUGUCAGUUCUCCAUCCAUUACUCAUUUGAGAGUUUUGAGAAGGCUCACAUGAUGUUGCGUAAUGCGUGUGAGAACCUUGUACCCGGAGGAUACUUCGUGGGCACUACCAUCGACGCCAACCGGAUAGUGCAUCGGUUGCAAGAUGCAGGUCAAAGUGAAGAUGGAUUAUGGAAAUUUGGUAAUGAGAUAUUCACGGUGACCCUUGACCCCAGCUUGGACCCAAGGGACACCCUCCCCCUAUUUGGGUCAAAGUACAACUUCAAGCUGCACGGAGUAGUGGACCUACCAGAGUAUCUAGUCCACUUCCCCACCUUCCAGAGCAUGCUGGAGGAGUAUGAUAUGGAAUUUGUGCACAGACAAGGCUUUAUUGACUUCUUCCAUGAGCGCCGUCAUCACCUUGACGAUGCUGACCUCCUCUUCAAGAUGUCCGCCUUCGACAAACAGACGGGCACAAUGUCAGCUGCUGAGUGGGAGGCCAUUGGACUGUACAUGGUGUUUGUGUUCAGAAAACGUUUCCCAGCCUAGCUCACAACCUAACUGAUAGUGACCAGUCACCAUUCUAAUGCAUUAUCAUUCAUUCAUUGUUGUACGUACGUUUAAUGGUUGUUGUUGUGUUCAUGAUCUCUUAUCAAUCAAGACAGCAAU